AACAGCCAGUGAUAACGCGGGAACAUUCCCAGACGAAGUUGUAGAUACCGUAAAUAGGAACUUCUACGUAGAUGACUGCCUGAAAUUCAGUUGAUUCAGAAGAAAAAGCGUCGAAGUUAGCAUCGGAUCUGCAAUCAUUGGUGCAAAUUGGAGGUUUUAGAUUAACGAAGUGGAUCAGCAACAGCAGAGCGGUACUCAAUACAAUUCAGGAAUCUGAACGUGCAGCUACAGUUAUUAGUCUCGACCCGAAAGACGCGCUUCCCUGUGAUCGUGCAUUUGGGGUAAAUUGGAACGUCAGUGACGAUGAAAUAACUUUUAAAAUAAGAAUAGCUGAUGAGCCACUGACAAGACGCGGCAUCCUUUCCAUAGUUAGUGCCAUUUUCGACCCACUUGGAUUUGUAAACCCAGUGACAUUGCGAGCGAAAAUAAUCAUACAGCAGCUCUGCAGAAAGAAAAUAGGAUGGGAUGAUGUAAUACCACAGAAAGAGCAAGACGAUUGGCAACGCUGGAUAGUCAGCUUACAUUGUUUGGAGAAUAUUCCAAUAAACCGAUGUUACCAACCGAAACACUUCGAUGAAAUAAAUAAUUUUCAGUUGCGCGUGUUCAGUGGUGGUUCCGAGGCGGGCUACGGCGCAUGUGCAUACCUACGAUUAGUAGAUCAAUGCGAUAGGAUUGUUUGCAAGCUUGUACUUGGAAAAUCACGACUCGCCCCGAUCAAGCAGUCAUCUAUACCUAGACUUGAGUUGUGUGGAGCCGUAGUGUCGUGUAGACUGUAUGCCAUGAUAAAAGAUGAACUUGACUUUAAGAUUGACCAGGCAGUUUUCUGGACUGAUUCCAUGAUCCUACUGGGAUAUAUCAACAAUACAACAAGCCGUAUCAAGACAUUUGUUGGAAACAGACUUAGCCGUAUUCACGAAUUGACUAAACCUGAGCAAUGGCGUUAUGUUGACUCCAGAUCCAACCCCGAAGACCUAGCAUCGAGAGGCAUUGAUCCCCAUGACGUUAGCAGUUUGAAGGACCUGGCUUUAAGGACCAGAGUACCUGCUGCACGAUGAAUCGACUUGGCCUUGUUUACCAAAUAAACCGGAAGUAGCGGAAGAAGACUCGGAAGUCAAGCACGAAGUUGUUAUCAACACCACUGCAUCGUACACCGGAACAAAUAUCGACGACCUAAUCAACCACUUUUCUGACUGGAACAAGUUGCUCAGAGCGGUUGCCUGGCUACAGAGGUUCAUAGUAUUCCUGCAGAAAACACUCAUCCUUAGAUGCAGAAGAGUUAAAACGUGGAGUUCUCGUGCCAGUCGAAACACAGAACGCUACACGUGCAAUAUUACAUGUACAUAGGGCCCAUUUUAUGCAGGAAAUUGAAGGUCUUAGAAAAGGCAAUCCCGUGAAGAAAAGUAGCAGAUUAGAGUAUUCUAAAUCCGAUUCUGGUAAACAGACUCAUUCGGAUGUCUGAAAGAAAACUCCCCAUAGAUAAUGACAAAGCCCAAAUUAUCCUUCCCCAUGAUGAUCACGUGACAGAGCUAGUUAUUCUCCAUUGCCAUAACAACAACUGGACAUGUAGGAAGACACCACGUACUUGCUGAAUUACGAGCGAAUUACUGGAUACUACGUGGUCCUAGCGCUGCCAAGAAGACGACGAGGAAAAUGUAUUGUUUGCAAGAGACAUCACGGUCCGUUAAUCACCCAGCAGAUGGCACCACUAACCCAAGAGCAGACGACGCCUGACAAACCUCCGUUUACAUUUGUAGACGUGGACUACUUUGGACCAUUAAUGGUAAAACAACGUAGAUCCAGCGUUAAAAGAUAUGGUUGCCUGUUUUCCUGUUUGACGACGAGAUCGGUCUAUACAGAAAUAGCUCACAGCUUGACCACUAAUUCGUUUCUAGCGGUUUACCAACGCUUUACAAGCAGACGAGGAUAUCCUGAAAAUUUGUUCAGUGACAACGGUACCAAUCUAGUCAGCGGAGAUAAAGAACUGAGGAAAUCUAUAGAAGAGUGGAACCAGUCAAAGAUCGGAAGAUAUUUGUUGCAGAACAACGUAGAAUGGAAGUUCAACCCACCAUAUGGAAGCAACAUGGGUGGAGCAUGGGAGCGCAUGAUCAGGUCCACGCGCACCAUACUGAAAUCCCUUGCAAAUAAACAGCUAUUAACAGACGAGAAAUUCUUAACAUUGAUUGCCGAGACCGAAAGGAUUAUAAAUGACAGACAUAUCACCCCCGUUAGCAACGAUCCAAAAGACAUUUCAGCAUUGAAACCAAGCAUGCUACUAUUAAUGAAAAGUAAUCUCAGUAUACCAAGAGGAGUUUUCCCAGCAGACGACACAUAUAGCAGAAGAUGGUGGAAGCAAAUACAAUACCUCAGCGACGUAUUCUGGAAACGAUGGGUGAAAGAAUACUUGCCCACUCUUCAAAUUCGCCAAAAGUGGCAAAGGAAAACCAGAAAAUUACAAGCCGGUGACAUAGUACUGGUCGCAGAUGACAACAUCCCCAGGGGGCAGUGGCCAUUAGGCAGAGUGACCGAAGUAUUUAAGGGCAGGGAUGGGCUUGUACGAAAAUGCAAAGUUCAAACUAGAUGCACACAUCUUUUAAGACCUAUAACAAAGUUAUGUUUAUUAGAGGGCACUGAUUAAGAUGUUUAAAUACACAAUACUUUUCUUAGAUUUGGCUUUAUGGUAUUUUGAAUUUUUACAUUUUUGAUAGUUUUUCUAUACAACGUUUUAUUUUACAUGACCUUUUGAUAAGUGUAUUUUGUAUGGAUGUUUUAAUUUUGAGUACUUUUUUAUGAGAUGAAAUUGAGAGAUUUCAUGGAGGGCACUGUAAGAAUUAAAUAUAUGUUUAAAUUCUUAGUUUUUAAAUUGUUAAAAUGAUAACUUUAUAUUAAGCGCGCUUUUAUUUUGGCGCUAAAAAGCAUGACGUCACGUUGGUGUCGCCGCCUUUUUUACGUCGACGUCACAUAACAAACUUCAGCCAGUAGAAAAACAAAAGUUAACGGCAACGGCCGAUUGAUAAGACAAAAACAUAAUUAUUCAGGAUUUGAAGCUAAAUACAUUAUAAGACACCAAAGUUCGAGAAUCGCCAUGUAACGCCAUGAAUAAAAGAGUUGAAACCGGCGCAUCCCUCGAGUGUUAACUGUCAGAAAAUGUUCACAAACUAUCCGAUUGGUUGAAAAAUCCUACACGUUUAUCAAAGAAGAAGAACACGUUGUUUUAUAGUGUGUUUGAAUUAAAUUUGUGCUCGCAUACAUAGACCUCUUGCAUUUGUUUUAAUAAAAGUGACGUGCUAUACGUACUUUUAUUGAUUGGAAUCAAAGAACAUUUUUACUUACUUGCUAGU